AUGAAGCACUUCGCAUGUCAGCCGGACACCCACAAUGCGUUCGGGUCGUUGACAAACGGUGUGCUGACGUACUUCACGUUGGACUGCACGCGCUACAGACGCGUGGCAGCGAGUAGCAUUGACAGUGCGGCAGAACUUCACACCCCUGCCAAGAAGGGAGACGCAGCCGUAGGAGGCAAGGCGCCUCUGCAGUGGACCAGUCAGCAGCUCUUCACGGCUCCUUCCUCUUUCGCCAGCCACGGCGCAGGUCACGGUGCCGUUCAGCAGGAUGUGGACUUCACGACUGAAACGCGCGUGCGCAUCCAACGCACCCUGAUCUUGCCAAGCCCCUUUCAAGCAACUCAAUGCUUCUUCAGCAUGGCAAAUCGGACUCUCUUUGGCACCGACAUGGCGUUCAUCGGUGCCGCCAACGGCGUAUUGACCCUCGCCGUGCUUCAGGAGGACCUGCUGCUGUACGUGAGAGGAAAGGACCCACAGAGUCUUCAUGAGCAGCUGCAGCGUGAGCAAGCCGCGUCGUCCUCUACCCCGAACAAGCGUUCCGGUUUGUUAGCAUCGACCGCUACCUCCGACAACGGCGUGGUCGUCCGUCGGCCUCCCUCCCUCUCAGCCAUCUCCAUGACCCUACCAUCCCCAUCACAGAGUGGAGGUGGAAGCAGCGACCCUCCCUCUUCCUCUUCCUUCAUUGGCGGUGCCGCUGCGGCAACGAUGGCCAGGAGGCCGUCCUCGUUGUAUCAUGGGAUGGAUCCAUCCUUCGACGUGGACCGUGGGCCGUCUCGCAUAGACGCUCCUUCGACCAUUAGCUGGAUGCGCAACAAGCCACUUGUACUGGUUGGCUAUACCUCGGGUCGGGUGGAAUGGUACGAGGUAUCCAUCUCUGCCGCACGCCGGGAGGAGCUGCAGGUCCCGGUGAAGGAGAUCGCAUACAGCGCGUCGGUGAAGCCUGGUGCCUUUGCCUAUCAGGCCCCGAACCGUGAUUCCCACAGCAGCCGCGUUGCCCGCGUCGCUGUGGGAGGUCAGAUGGCUGGCUUACGGAUUGAGCUGGUCGCCUCAUGCGUUCUAAUGGAGGCUGGCGCCCUUGUGUCCAGCGACUACUUCGCUGUCAACAGCAUGGUCGUCGUCGGAAGCGAGCGCGGUACCCUCUUUCUGUUCGACACCGACCACCUGGAGGCGCCGCUGUGCGAGGUGCGACUGAGCACGCCGAGCAUGACGUUCCUCUACUGCCACCCUUUCUUGCCCAUUGUGGGUGUGCUGUCGCAAUCCGUCUGGUCCAGAGCGGAGGAGCUGCCGCCAAGGUCGACAGCAGCGUCUGCGCGGAGGCGACGAGGCAACAGCCCGGCCUUGCGCUUCGCUGACAGCCACAGCAGCGACGUGGCGAGGCCAUUAGUAGGCCCGGUGAACGGCGGUAUCGGCAGUUAUGUAGGAGGUCCGCAGCGUGGAGUCACCAGUGGCAAGCGCUGCCCGGCGACCUUCCCACUCGUACCGCUGCAAGGUUCACGAUGUGACCCGGACAGUAGCCCGCAGCAGCUUUCCUCCCCAUCCGGAGCCACGCCGUCGGCAGUAGUCCAGGGGACUCCGAAAGCGGACCGGCACGUGGGGUGGCAUGACGAGAGUCCUGCGGCGCUGAUGAGCGGGGGAGACGUCACUGGGGCCUUCUCGAGUAGCAGCUGCGCAGCUUCACCGUUUGGGCUCUACGGCAGCUGUGGUACCGUUCCAGAGGUCGGCACUCCUUCAGCGCUGCACUCUGGCUGCGUGCUGACGUUUGUUGAGUACCGCAAGGACUCCCCGCCGCGGCCGCUGUCGCGCGCUGGGACUGGGACUCCAUCCCCACCGCCGUCGCAUCGGCUGAUACAGGUCUUGCAGCACCGAAUGGAGGGUGAGGCGGCGCGAUACGGCACUUACUAUACUUUCUCGUGGAAGUUCAGCUUUGAUUUGGAGCUCGCCAUCAGCAACCUUGAGGAAGGCGCGCUGCGCAUCGUCCGCGCGGCUCGCAUUAUGGAUAAGGAUCCAGGCGCUGACGUCGGUGGCCUAGCUGACAAGGAGGACCGAGAGGGUACCGCAGCGGAUGGUGAGCAAGGUGUGUCGGCACCAGGCGCCAACACCGCCCAUCCGACUGCGUAUCAGGUGCUGCAAAACUACAACGUUCGGCUGCCGUUGCACUCUCUUGUGAAUGUCGAGUACGUGUCAGCGGCUACGUCGUCGCUCUGUGCGCCAGACAACGCAGCCGCUGACACAGACACGGAACUAGCUGCCUGGAGCAACGGCACGAGUGGCACCCCAGCAGAGCAGUCACUCUUUCGGCGAGAUGCUGAGCAGUGUCAGCGGCAGGCAGCGCUGCUUGGCGCCGCCGUCGACCCAAGGUUUCGCCUCGGCUUCUCUUCAGUCUCCCCAUCGCAGGUAAGCCCCGCUGCGGGGGUGUUGUGCUGCCCCGUGAAUCCCCUCUGGGCUGGUCUGACUGUGGUGUCGAUGCCGCGUGGCGGUCGACGACACGAGCGUUGCCACAGCGGCGAUGCUGAUCGCUACGUCGACCAGCUGGAUCUGUUUAGCACUCUCAGAGGCUGCAGUGACGCCUUUGACGCCUUGUACUUCCCCGUAGUCACGAGAGGCGGCGAUGGUACAGCAGGUGUGAUUGGAGGUGGGAGGGCAGGUGGCAGUGAUGCCGACCGCGGCGUCCUGCUACUGAAGGAGAACGUGUUAGCGGCAUCGAUGCUGCAGCCGUUCUGUGGGAAUACCGGCGCGUCUGACAGCAUGCGUCAUCAUCGUCGAUGCACCGUAGAGACUGGUAGCUGUGGCGGCACUCAUGGCAGCGGCGCCGAUGCAACGUCAAGCCGCUGGCCUUCCUCGCCAACCAUAACCUCCGUCUUUACGCCGCAGCCGCAUCCGCAGCGCCGGCGAGAGCAGCCACGGCGCCGCCACAACCCAGGGGCGCCCAACAUCCCAGUCCCCAGCUACGCUACGAAGGGCACCAAGAAUGAAAUUGCGAGUGCGGUGCUGAUCGCGGCUGAUCAACGUGCUGACCUCCACGACGCGCUUCGAAUAGGACCCGGCAAUGUGUCAUUUGUUGUCGUAAUGAACGCUGCGGGAGAGGUGGCGUCGGUGCCGGUCGAGGUACGGGCUGUGUCCGCGUGGCACGAGGCCGGCAGCGUGUUCGUCGGUCUCGGUCCCACGCUGUACGCAGCCGACUUUGUCUCCAUUCAGGGGAUCGAACAACUCAUGCGACGGCGCUACGCCGCCGGCUUUGGUCUCUCGUCACUGGCGAACAUCACCGCGGUGAAGGAGGUAGGGGGCUUUGGUAGCGAGGAUGUCGGCAUGCUGCUGUCGUACGUGGCCAUACUGGAAGCAGUCCCGCUUGUGGCUUUGUCCGGGCCUGUGCCAUCGCUGAUGGCGCUGCUGAAUAGCUCUCCCGUUGCUGGGCACGGCGCCGUACAGAGGGAGGCAGCAGCGAGGCUGCAGGCACGUUUGGGACCUGCGUGGCGACUGAUGAUGAAGGUGUGCGUGUGCCACGGGGAUCUGUGCUGCUUUUUGGUGCUGCAGUUGCUGAGGUGGUUGCCGUCAUCGCUGGAGGAGGAAGCGGGGCAGCUGUGGCGAAGUAUAGUGCAGCUGCCGCACCUUUCGGCCGCGACACCCAUGCUUGGGGAGAGCAGCACCAACGUGGACGUUGAACGCGCCGUCGCGGUAGAAGUGACGCACGGGCACUACCUCGAGGCAGCGGAGCUGCUGCUUCGGUUCAGCAGCCGCUCACCGAGCUACGGUAUCGUGGCUAACCUUCUUCGACACCCCGAGGAGGCGCAGUCCAUGGUGUGUAACAGUGACCCCCGUGUGUGUGCGUCGUUUCGCGCCUCCCUCACCCCGUGGCUUCUCGUCGUUUUCCACUGCCUGUGCGGCUCCUGCGAUGGAGCGCCGCGCUACCAGUUGCACGACGCGGCGGCAGCAGAGGAGGGGAAACACGAUCGUUCGACUUCCGUACAGUCGGUGUUGCCCUUGCAUCUCUACCGGCAUUCGGCUUUGCCCUUCUGGGACCGCGUCGCCCUGGCAGUUGUGAUGGAGGCGGGUACGACGGCUGCCUUCAGCCACGUCAUGCAGGACAUCCUCCUGCCAGAAUGCAACCCAAUUCAGGCGUUGCUGCUUCAGCGCGGCAUCCACCACCACGCCUAUGCCGCCAUGCAGGAAAUCGUCGACUACACCGGCGACUUCCAGCUCGGCGCCUGUCUGUUCGCUCGUGUCGGCGUGCUCACCACGGCGGCGGCGCUCGCCUUUCCCUUCUUGCUGGACGCCGAGGUAAGCGCCGCGGCUGCGACCGGGCGGAUGGUGGCUACCUCGUCAGCUGCGCACACCCUGUCUUUGGGGCUGGCGGGCAGCUCUGCGCUCUCCGCUGUUUCUCCCGACUACCCACUGUACAGCUACGGCGCGGGCGGUGACUUUGGUGGUUACAGUGACGGCGACGAAGGCCAAGGACGCGACAGCGUGUACGGCAGCUCGCCGUUCUCGUACCUGCGAUCUGGCCGCCGGAGGCGCAGCUUGAGUCAAGUGCCUUCUCCGUCAUCUAGUAACGAACAGGGCUCCAUGGAGGAUGGCGUAGCGCACACGGCACGACUCGUGCGCAAGAGCGCGUUGCCACCGCCAGCACAGACACCAGGGGAGGUGAAGUGCGACGGUAGGUUGCAUCACUCAGCUAACGCCAAGUGCUUCAGUACUUGCCUUUCUCCUGGGCAUGCCCUGCGCUGUGCUGUCUCACCGAAUGAUGCAGUCGUGGGUGGCGGUUGUGGGCGCGGUAAAGGUCUCGGCAACGCCCAAGAAGACAACAGCGACGACGCAGACGCGGAUGUGCCGUGGGUGUGGUGGGCCGCGGCGUACCGUUCUUUCCUCGACGACGAGCAGGCCUUCGUGCGCCGCACCACGUUUGACGUGGAGUGUGGACAACUGCGCAGUCGCGCGUUCCUGGCUCGAGACGCCACUGCCGCCACUAUGGAGGCCCGCCAUAGAGCCGCCACUCCUCCUUCCUCUGCUGCUGCCCUCGCCUCGGUGGCUGGAGUUGCCCAUGGUGGCCGUUACAGGUGCGGGUAUCACCCGUUUCACCGUACUGCGCCGCGAGAUGCGGAGGUGGUGGGAUGGCGCCACUCCUCUCCCUCCCCAGAAAAUCUCGUGUCGAUGUCAGUUGCACACUGUGUGGGUCGUCAUGUGGCUGGGGCUAGCGGCGACACCUCGAGUGGCGGUGGUAGUGCUGGUGGUGACCGGGGCCUUCCAACCGCAGCCUCCUCAUCUUCUCCGCCUGCAAGGAUGUCCUUCGCAGGCCCCUUCGGCGAUGGCUCUGCAUACGUUACCGCUGUUACACCGCCGUACGCAUCCGCCUUCAUAAGACCGCCAGAGCCGAAGCUCUGCGUGUGUGGGGCGCAGCACGUUGGAACGCAGCUUAUCCGGUCACUGCUGAGCAUCUGCAGCAUGACGGCGACGCGGUGCACCGUGUGCCUCGAGACCGUGCAACCAUGUGCCAAGGACGUUGCCACUGCCUUUGCCUGGUGCACGUCAUGCGGUCACGGCGGUCAUGCGUACCACCUGCAGAACUGGUUCCGCACACACCGGCGCUGCCCUGUGAACGGGUGUGACUGCCAUUGCGAUGAGGACUCGAGCUUGUACUGA